UCCAGCUCGCGCUGCGCAGGCGCGGACUCUCUCCUUGUCAGUCGGGCGCCUCGUGCCGGCGGAGGCUCAGUAGUAGCAGCGGCGGCGGCGACCCGUCUUCAGCACCAUGAGCAGCUUCAGCAGCGAGGAGCGCGCCGCGCCCUUCACCCUGGAGUACCGCGUCUUCCUCAAAAAUGAAAAAGGGCAGUAUAUAUCUCCAUUUCAUGAUAUUCCAAUUUAUGCAGAUAAGGAUGUGUUCCACAUGGUUGUUGAAGUUCCACGUUGGUCCAAUGCAAAAAUGGAGGUAAUGUUUCAUCUAUCUCAAGGAGAUUUAACAUGGGAAGACCCAGGACACAAUGACAAACAUACUGGGUGCUGUGGUGACAAUGACCCAAUUGAUGUUUGUGAAAUUGGAAGCAAGGUAUGUGCAAGAGGUGAGAUAAUCAGAGUGAAAGUUUUGGGCAUAUUGGCUAUGAUUGAUGAAGGAGAAACGGACUGGAAAGUUAUUGCCAUUAAUAUGGAUGAUCCUGAUGCAGCCAAUUACAAUGAUAUUAGUGAUGUUGAACGGCUGAAACCUGGAUAUCUAGAAGCGACUGUGGACUGGUUUAGAAGGUACAAGGUUCCAGAUGGAAAACCAGAAAAUGAGUUUGCUUUCAAUGCAGAAUUUAAAGAUAAGGCCUUUGCAGUUGAUAUUAUUAAAAGCACUCAUGACUAUUGGAAAGCAUUAGUGACUAAGAAAACAGAUGGAAAAGGAAUCAGUUGUAUGAAUACAACAGUGUCUGAGAGCCCCUUCAAGUGUGAUCCUGAUGCUGCCAAGGCCAUUGUGGAUGCUUUACCACCCCCAUGUGAAUCUGCAUGCACAGUACCAACAGAUGUGGAUAAAUGGUUCCAUCACCAGAAAAACUGAUACAAUUUCUCUGGAGUACAAGCUGAUUUUCUGCAUCCUAUUCAUCUGGAAGUAUUAGAAGUAAAAGUAGUAGCUUCUCAAAGCUUUAAAUUUAUAGACUCAUCUGACUAAUGCAAAUUCUGCUGUGACCCAAUCCAGUCUAUUCAGAAUGUUUUGUCUAGAGGCAUUUUACAUAUGCCAACUAAGGUAACUUUUAGUACAUCUUAGCUGUGGGGGCAGGGUGGUUUGGAAGUCAUUUGUGAACAGAUGUGCAAUUGGAGCACAGGUGAGGUGUACGUGUGUACCAUGUGUUAGGAAAUAAAGUUAUUUUGCUGAAA